AUGCGCGGCGGUGCCCGCCUUUUURCUWCUCRAGCUAUCAUUGGYCGGUUYUCCYUSUCGGCCCCGCCCACGCGCGCUGUGAUUGGCUGGGCCCGGCGCGGCGCCGCUGGGUGCAAAACAAAGCGGCGCGAGACCGCCCCCCCCCCUCCCCUCAUGGCGGCCGCGCCCCCCCCGUUCCCCUCACGGCCGCCGCCAUCGCCGCCCCCUCACGGAUCUGCCCGUUCGGGGGUCCCGCUGCCGCCUUCCAGCCCCGACCCGCCCCUAACGUCAUCCCCGGAGCCUCGGUGUCCCCUCAAAGUGCUGCGGCUUAACCGCAACUCCAGCCCGGUGCGGAACCCGCCGCCCUUCGGGCCGGACGAGCCCGUGUACUCCACACGGAGGGUGACCCGCAGCCAGCAGCAGCCGGCCCCCGUCACCCCCAAGAAGUACCCGCUGCGCCAGACGCGCUCCUCGGGCUCCGAGACCGAGCAGGCCGUGGAUUUCUCAGACAGAGACACCAAAAACGCUGCGGAUCACGACGAGUCCCCCCCACGCACCCCCACGGGGAACGCGCCCUCCUCCGAGUCCGACAUCGACAUCUCCAGCCCCAACGUGUCCCACGACGAGAGCAUUGCCAAGGACAUGUCCAUGAAGGAYUCAGGCAGUGACCUCUCACACCGGCCCAAACGCCGCCGCUUCCACGAGAGCUACAACUUCAACAUGAAAUGUCCCACUCCGGGCUGCAACUCCUUAGGUAAUCACCCUGAGCCUGCUCUGUGCUCCUGCUUAGCUCCACCAAAAAAAAAAAAAAACAGACUGAGCAAAACCACGGCAGUGAUGGAUCCCAAAAACAGGCAGGGAUUUGGGGUCAGGGAUGGCGGGGAAGGGAUGUGA